AAAUUGACAAGAACAAAAAUCUACAUUGAAACAAUCACACUUCAACAACUUUCCAGUAAACACUACCCCUCCUCCUUAUUGUCUCUUGGCAACAAUGGAACUCAAGGUGACAUCCAAAGUUUACUUGAGUUUCAUCUAACAUAACAAAAAAGGUGAAAAACAUUGCAAAACAGAAAUUUUAAAAAAAAAAUCAACUCACAAAAAUAAGUUUAAGAUAAAAAAAAUGACAUAAUAAGUUCCUACUUACAAAUUUAUUGAAAUGGAGCAGGAAUUAAAACAUUUUGGGGUAGCAGCUGAUAAAAUAUGGAAAGCAAGGGUUUCGCAAGAGAAAUUAUUGUCAUCCAACUGGUCUACAAAAUGGAAGUGGAUGCUUGAGGAAUACAAUACCAUGUCUCUACAAUUUGAAGAACUAAAAAAUUUACGCCCAGCUGUAGGAAGACAAAAAUCAAUAGACGUACGAUCAUGUCAGCCAGUGCCAGAUACCUCAUCUAGGGUGAUUGGCUGGAUAACACAUAGACCGGAAUUUCAACUUGAAAUAUACGGUCCAUAUGUGAAGAAAUUUCCAAUAUUUCCCUCUUCUUCUGAAUGAAGAGAACCUUCAUAAGAUAUCAGGUCUUUCAGCUAAAGCAAACAUGGGAACAAACCUUUACAGAAGUCCCCUUGAGCAACAAAUCCUUGUUGACAAACACAACUUGACUUUGAAGAGGCAUUUCCUAUCACUGUAAUGUGAUUUGGAUCUGGAC